CAUAUUUCUUGCAUGUAGUACCAAAGAAUUUAUUUAUACUUAAUCACAAGAAAGCAGCCCAAAGGCUAGUAGCUCAGAGUCUCUCUUCUCUUCUGCUUCAUCAAAACAUAGAGAGAAAGAAAAGGUUUCUUGCUCACAAGAAAGAGAUGGCAUCAUCAACCACUGUCAGAUUCAUCUUCUGUGCUCUCAUGCUACUGAUGCACCGCACUACUUAUGCAGCAGCAGCACGACGAGCACCAAACUUUCAGCAGAAUCAGGAUGGCAAGACGUGGUGCGUCGCAAAGCCUUCGACUGGUGAGGACGCGCUGAGGGCCAACCUGGAGUUCGCCUGCUCCGAGAGCGACUGCAGCGCGAUCCAGGGCACGGGGGGCUGCUCCCCCCUCUACGGUGGUGUGCUUCUGUCGAGGGCGUCAGUGGCGAUGAACGCCUACUACCAGGCCAAGGGGAGGAACUCAUGGAACUGCUUCUUCAACGGCACCGGCCUCAUCGCCAUCACUGACCCCAGCCUAGGCACUUGCAAGUAUGCAUGAGUUGAGAGAGGAUCACUGAAGCUGAGGAAAUAAAAGGUUUAUAGGGGAUGUAUUUGUGUGGUGUAGUGUUCUGUUUCCAGCAUCAGAACUGCUAGAAUUCAAAUCAAAUCUAGCUUGAGUGAUAUUUGGAGAUGUCCAUCGUAUGUUUUUUCCUCAUAGUAAUAUGAUUUCCGUUCCACCCA